AUGUUACCAAAAAUAUGUUAUCAGACUAUUGUAAAAAAAACCAAGAACAAUAUAGGAAAAAAGAAAAUACGUAUUACACUAUCGAAAUCUACAAUUAUAUUUGGGUUUAGGAUUAAAAAUAAAAAAGUACAUCGUCUUUGGGAAUUUGAUCAGAGCCCUUGGUUGAAAAGAUAUAUUGAUUUCAAUGAACAAAAGAAGCUAUUUGUAUUUGGAAAAACUAUGGAAUAUAUAAGAAAACGUGUAAAUGUAGAACUUGUAACAAAUAAGGUCAAACUAAUGAAAUUAACCUCAAAACCAACCUUUGAAUCAUCAAAAAUAUUCAACGAGGACCUUGUGGCUGUACAUAGAAUUAAGGAGACAUUAACCCUAAACAGACCUGCAUAUGUAGGAAUGUAUACUGAUUCACUAACAUAUGAAAUUACAACUGAUGAUGGAUAUAUGGAUUUCUGGAAUGAUAAAGAUAAAUUUGACAAUAGUGAUUACCGUGAAACAUCACAAUUCUAUAAUACAUCGAAUAAGAAGAUUUUUGGUAAAAUGAAAGAUGAGGCAGCAGAUGUUCCGAUAGUUGAAUUUGUAGGAUUGAAAUCAAAAAUGUAUGGCUAUAUGACAAAAAAUGUGGUGAAGCUGCCAAAGGUGUUAAAAAGAACAUAA